CCAACAUGGCGGCGCCCGUACUACGAGCCGGACACCGCCGGCUUCUUGUGGAUCUGAGGGCGGCUGUGCCUCGACUCUGGGCCUCUGAGGGGCGGCGACGGCGGCACCUCCACGAGCAGCAGCCGCGAGGGAAGCCGGCGGCAGCCAAGGGCCUCUUGGCGGCUCAGUGCGAACGGGGCCUGUUCCAGGAGGUGUUCCCGCCUCAAGCCGCUGAGGAGCAGCUCCUGGACCUGCUGGAGCCCGGACGCCCGCCCGUGACCGUGUAUUGCGGCUUCGACCCAACGGCCGACUCGCUUCACGUCGGGCACCUGCUAACGGUCAUGGGCCUGCUGCACUUCCAGCGCGCGGGCCACGACGUCAUCGCCCUGGUGGGCGGGGCCACCGCGCGCCUGGGCGACCCCAGCGGCCGCACCAAAGAGCGCGAGGCGCUCCCCGAGGAGCGCGUGCGGGAGAACGCGCUGCGCCUGCGCGAGGGGCUCCAGCGGCUCUUCGACCACCACCGCGAGCUCUUCUGGCCGCCCGGAGGCGCGCGCCUGGGCCGGGCCACCCUCUUGGACAACGCCAGCUGGCUGGAGCGCGAGCCCGUGGUGGGCUUCCUGCGCGGGGUCGGGGGCCACCUGCGCAUGGGCACCUUGCUGAGCCGGCAGAGCUGCAAGGCCCGCAUCAGCAGCCCCGAAGGCAUGGGCCUGGCCGAGUUCCUGUACCCGGCCCUGCAGGCGUACGACUUCCUGCACUUGCGCCGCCACCACGGCUGCCUCAUCCAGCUGGGCGGAGCCGACCAGAUGGGCAACAUCAUGUCUGGCUACGAGCUGGUCUCCAAGGUGACAGGUGAAGAUGUUUUUGGAAUAACUGUGCCUCUUAUUACAAAUACUACUGGAAAUAAAUUGGGGAAGUCUGCUGGUAAUGCAGUUUGGCUUGACAGAAAUAGGACCUCUCCCUUUGAGUUAUAUCAGUUUUUUGUCAGACAGCAAGAUGAAGCUGUGAAAAGGUAUCUGAAGCUUUUCACUUUCCUCCCGCUUCCGGAAAUCAAUCACAUCAUGCAAAUGCAUGCUCAAGAGCCGGAGAAGUGGGGACCACAGAAACGACUUGCUGCUGAAGUAACUAAGCUUGUUCAUGGCAAGGAAGGUCUGGAAUCUGCAAAGAGAUGUACAAGGGCCCUUUAUUACAGCGAUGUGAAAGCACUGGAGACCAUGUCUGAUAAUGAGCUACAGGAACUCUUUAACGAAGCACCAUAUAUUGAGUUGCUGCUUGAAGCUGGAACAACAGUACUCGAUAUGUGUCGGAAGGCUAACGCUAUUGCAGAUGGACCAAAGGGGUAUCGUGACAUAACAAGCGGUGGAGUUUCUAUCAACCACAUUAAAGUAGAUAAUCCUGAGGCUGUUCUUGUUAUUGGACAACACAUUCUCAGUAAUGGCUUAUCACUCCUGAGGAUUGGAAAGAGAAACUACUAUAUUGUAAAAUGGCUCCAAUUGUCACACGAAGAGCAAAAAUACUAAGUUUUUCCAGGUAUGUUAUGAAAAUGCACUUUUCUUGAAGAACUUCGGAAAAGCAAACUUAAGUACACCCAUCAAAUUACUAACUCAGUGAGAUACUUUUGAUGUGAAUUGCUUUUUCUCACUAUGUGAGAUUUGCUUAACUAUGGUAUUAUUUGGAAGAUGGAUGGCAUCUUAAUUCAGACUUCAAUCAUGAAACACAUGCAAAUACAAGGUUGCAAUCUAGAUCCUACCCAAAGAAUGUAACUGUUGAAUAUGUCUUUGUAAAUAUUAGUUAUGGAAAGCUUGUCUACAAUAAAAACAAACCUUCCAAAAUUAUUUUACUUGUGUUGGUGUCUAAGUAUAUGAAUGCUAAUGUUCUUGCAAGAAUCAGACUUUUAUCCUAAACAACAUGGAGAAUUAUUUGUUUGGUAUCUGCUAUGAAAGUAUUAUUUUAUGGGGCUCUUAGUAAAGACAAGGAAGUAGAUUUGAGUGCCAGAAAUAUUUUAGUCACAUCACCUCCAUUGACCUUCCUGCACUCUUGUGUUCAGAACAUCUUCGAGAAAAGAAUGAGAGGGUGGUUUGUAUAUUUCAAGCUUUGAUGCUUAAUUGGAGGAGAGAAGCAGGCAUGAGUAUGUUCCUAUUAUUAAGCAUAUUCAGUAUCAACAUGGCUGGGAUUAGGAUUUGCAAAUGAGAUUGUAAUUUUUCUUCCCACUAGUGGAAGUACAAUAGCAGUGUUUGCAUCUUCUAGGACAUCUGUGCUCUUAUCAUUUUCCCAGCUUACAUGGAGUUGCUUUUGUGUUAAGCUUAGUUUAGUUCAUAUUAAUUUAGUUGUCUUCAAAUUAAAUGACUGAGUGUUAUUUGCUAGAGCUUGACUAAGGGUAGUAUAGGCACAUACUGUCAGUCAGGUUUCUAUGCCAAUCAGUUUUGUCUAGUCAUGGGGUAGAUAGCAAAGAUAGCAGCAGUAGCAUGAUGAUUAAGGAAGAGUUUAAAAGUACAAGGGUGUUCUGGCAGUGUGAGUAUUACUAACUUUGCAAGCUUGGAUGCUAAAGUGGAUUGUAGAACAGCAAGAGAAAAAGUCAACAGUGCUGGACCUCCCAAAGUCAAGAUAUUAAGUUUCAUUUUUGGCAUGUAAUAAUUGCAGCUACUUUAUAAAUUUAUUCUUGUUAAACCGUUUAAAGGGGAUGUAGAAAUAGUACUACUUGCUGAAACUUCUAUUCUGAAACACUGUUUUAUUAAGAAUUUGCCUAUUUGAAUUAAGUUUUAAACCUUUAAGGAAGCCUAUUCAGAUUCUGCUUUGACAAAUGAGUAGUUAACCAAUUUUGCACCUCCUGAAAGUCCGGAAAGUACAUGAAUUG